AUGCCUUCAACUACUGAUGUAAACAUUGAUGAUUGCAAAGCACAAUUGGCUGCUAAUAUCGUUAAAUUAUCAACUACGAAUCCUCUCAAUGUUAUUCAAGUUUUAUCAAGUUUAAAUUGUCCGGGUCUUUUGGGAAUGAUUGAACAAUACGGCACUUUAUCUUGUGAAAAAACAUCUUUUCUUCAGGCACUAAUUACAACAAUUUCUGCUAUUUCUGGUCCUAUUAUGGUGCAAAAUCCAACUGGCAUUUAUUCACUUCCAUUGAACUUAUUUACUCAUUUAAUUGGAGAACCAGGUUUGAUUGACUUUUUUUUUAUUGCUAGUCAGAAAAUUUUCAAAGGAUAA